UGACCCCUGACCUCUGGCGGCGCCCUCCGCCGGGCAGCCGUUAGAAGCGCCGCUGCGGCCGCCGCCGCCGCCCCCUCCCUCCGUCCCGGCCAUGGGGACCGCGGCAGGCUCGCCCUCCGAGCGCCAGGACAGCUUCUUAACAAGUGCCGACCUACGAACCCGAGUCCUCCAAUUUGUAGAAGAGAGGAUUCAGACAACUAUGUUAACCGGGAUGGCCAUUGGCGCAGCGGUGGCCUUGUCUCUGAUUGGGAUCGUUGUGUAUUUUGUGUACAAGAAGGUGAAGGAAUCGAGUUCCUUGUUCCUUGUUGCAUGGUUGUCACUCCCUGGGCAAACUUCAGGCCUGGCACAUUUUCCCCUGAAUGCUUUGUCUUCCUUGCAGGUGACAACUCUGCCAAACACUCUGGUCGGCAACCCAGUGCCCCGUCAGCGCAUGCGAAAAAGGGCCAAGGUUUUGUCCUUGGCAAAGAGGAUUCUGCGCUUCAAGAAGGAAUCUCCCAUCCUGCAGCCCAAGGACCCGCCUCCCUCCCUGCUGGAGGCUGAUUUAACCGAAUUUGACGUCAAGAGCUCCCACCUGCCUUCCGAAGUCCUUUACAUGCUUAAAAACGUCCGGGUCCUCGGUCACUUCGAGAAGCCCCUUUUCCUGGAGCUGUGCAAGCACAUGGUUUUCGUGCAGCUUCACGAAGGGGAAUAUAUCUUCCGGCCGGGGCAGCUGGACAACAGCAUCUACGUCGUGCAGGACGGGAAGUUGGAAGUCUGCAUCCAGGAUAGCGAUGGCACAGAGAUGGUGGUGAAGGAAGUUUUGGCCGGGGACAGCGUACAUAGCCUUCUCAGCAUUCUGGACGUCAUCACGGGUCAUCCUGCUCCGUACAAAACCGUUUCUGCUCGGGCCGCGAUGCAGUCAACCAUUCUGCGCCUCCCAGCCAACGCAUUUCAGGACAUCUUCCAGAAAUACCCCGAGACUCUCGUCAGAGUCGUGCAGAUCAUCAUGGUGAGGCUGCAGAGGGUCACUUUCCUGGCUUUGCACAACUACCUGGGACUGACCACCGAACUCUUCAGUUCCGAGAGCCAGGCCAUCCCGCUGGUCUCGAUUGCCAGCGUCACCUCCGGGGGCAACGCCGGGCGGGUGGUGAGACGGCAGCUGUCCAACCUGUCGGAGGAGGAGCGGGCCGAAAGGCUGGAGAGACACGCCUCCCUGGAGACCACAGAUUCUGGGAAACCUCCUGGCCUAGAGCCGCUGCUCCGGAGAAGCGUCUCCUUGAACACCCCUUUUGGAUACACCGAUGCUGCAGGUGGAGCUAAGCCAGACUUGGAAGGUCUCAGCGACAGACACCGGAUUGAAAUCGAGACUUCUUCCUCUGAUACAACCGCGUAUAAGCCCACCUCGAAGAAAACCGUGACGGUGACCGAGAUGCCCUCGGCCAUCUUCCAUUACACACAGGACGACACGCCUGUCCAGGAAUUCGGCGCCACCAAGCCGGUCAACACCAUCUUAGAAGCAGCCAAGAAAGACCUGCUGACCUUGAUGAAGCUGGAUGAUCUCUCUCUCUUAAACGGGAAAGUGACCCUCCAUCAAGUCACUGCAGGGACGAUGGUGUCACGGCAAGGUGACCAGGAUGUCAGCAUCCGGUUCGUGAUCUCGGGGGUCCUGCAUGUCUACCAGCGGAAGAUCGAUUCGGAGGAAGAGACCUGCCUGUUUGUCACCCACCCAGGCGAGCUGGUGGGGCAGCUCGCCGUGCUCACGGGAGAGCCGCUGAUCUUCACCAUUAAGGCCAAUCGCGAUUGCACAUUCUUGGCGAUCUCCAAGUCCCAGUUUUAUGAGAUCAUGCGUGAGCAGCCCACAGUGGUCCUGGGAGUGGCUCACAUGGUGGUGAAGCGCAUGUCGUCCUUUGUGAGGCAAAUCGACUUCGCCCUGGACUGGAUGGAGGUAGAAGCUGGGCGCGCUGUUUACAGACAGGGGGAUCAUUCGGACUGCACCUACAUUGUCCUGAAUGGACGUCUCCGCUCGGUCAUCAGGCAGGACGACGGGAAGAAACACCUGACAGGCGAAUACGGCCGGGGGGACCUGAUUGGCGUGGUUGAAGCACUAACUCACCAACCCAGGGCGACUACCGUACACGCCGUUCGGGAUUCGGAGCUGGCCAAACUUCCAGAGGGAGCGCUGAUCUCCAUCAAACGCAAGUUCCCCCAGGUCGUGACGCGACUUAUCCAUUUGCUGGGUGAGAAGAUCCUUGGGAAUCUACAGCAAGGGGGGCACCAGUUGGGCCUACACACCGCCAGCAGUAAGUGGGACGCCAGCAACCCGGCCAGCAAUCUCGCCACGGUGGCCAUCAUGCCUGUCUCGGAAGACGUGCCUCUCUCGACCUUCACCCUGGAACUCAAGCAUGCCCUCUGUGCCAUCGGUAAGACCUCCCGGGGCUCUGGUGGCUUCAGAGGCUGCUCCCAAGUCGGGGUGAUCAGGGCGCUGAACGAGGCUGGGAUUCCUAUUGACAUGAUUGGUGGCACGUCCAUCGGUUCCUUCAUGGGUGCCCUGUACGCGGAAGAGCGGAGUUAUACCCAGAUGCGGAUCAAAGCUCGGCAGUGGGCCAUGAAUAUGAAUUCGGUGUUCAAAACGGUUCUUGACUUGACCUACCCCAUCACGUCCAUGUUCUCCGGAGCCUCGUUUAACAACGGCGUCAGCGACAUCUUCAGAGAUAAGCAGAUCGAGGAUCUCUGGAUUCCCUUCUUCAUCAUCACCACAGACAUCAGUGCCUCGGCUAUGAGGGUCCACACGGAUGGUUGUCUGUGGCGAUACAUCAGGGCCAGCAUGUCUCUCUCCGGCUACUUGCCCCCUCUCUGCGAUCCAAAAGACGGACAUCUGCUAAUGGAUGGUGGCUACAUCAAUAACCUCCCAGCGGACGUUGCCCGAUCCAUGGGAGCCAAGGUCGUCAUUGCCAUCGACGUGGGCAGCAGAGACGAGACGGACCUCACCAAUUACGGAGACGCACUUUCCGGCUGGUGGCUGCUGUGGAAACGGUGGAACCCAUUAGUGGAGAAAGUGAAGGUGCUAAACAUGGCCGAGAUCCAGACUCGGCUGGCCUAUGUCUGUUGCGUCCGGCAGUUGGAGAUGGUCAAGAACAGCGACUAUUGCGAAUAUAUCCGGCCACCCAUCGAUCACUACGGGACGCUGGAAUUUGGGAAAUUCGAUGAAAUCUGCGAAGUCGGCUACCAGCACGGGAAGACGGUUUUCAAUGUUUGGUGCAGGAGCGGAGUCCUCGAGAAAAUGCUGAAGGACCGGCAGGAGCGUUGCCAGUCUAAGCCAUCAUGCUACAUGACAUGCCCGACAACCUCUUUCACGGAUUUGGCUGAAAUCGUCUCCCGAAUAGAACCGGUGAAGGCCAUGAUAGUGGAUGACGAAUCCGACUAUCAGACCGAAUACGAAGAGGAGAUUUUCGACAUCCAGAAAGAUGACUACGUCAAUUUCCUGAGCAGCCAAACGGAAGAAUAUUUUGACUCCGAUCCAGAAAUCCGCCUGCGAAAACCUACCCGCGGCGACUCCGAAGACAGCCAACUCGCAGCGUAACAAGACCGACUCUAAAACCCACCUUGGAGCUCACCUGGCUUUCUCCUCCUCCCCCUCGUUGCCAACUUCCUUCGUGUGGAGAAGCCGUGGGCGCCUCUCCCUUCCCAUUUCUCCAUUUCUCGGUCUAAAAAAACCAAGGUGUCCCCAACCCCCAAAAGUGAUCGGGAUCCCCGGGGGGGGACAAGGGGGGCGGGGGGGGGGGGGGGCGUGUGCCAUCCGCCUCUUUGCAAACUCUCGGCAUCUGCAGAAACUUUGGGGCUGCUUUGCACAAACCGAAGAAGGGAAAGGAGCCCAUUGCACAAAUCUGGGGUGAAAGGACGAAUAGCGGAGCGGAGGCCGGACUCCUGGCCGCCUUCAGCCCACUGGAUCUCAGCGAGUUUGGUGCACUGUCUCCAAGGGGAACGAAAAGUCCCCCACUCACCCCGGGUAUUGGCAGCUAGCGUAGGGGAUGUGUUUUGCUCAGGGCCGAAUGUCUGAGAUGGAAGCCAUCUGCCUGGGGUGUGUGUGUGUGUGUGGAAAGGAAACAAGAGUCGUGAUGACAACUGCAGUGACUUUCACACCAACAUCCGUUCAAGCAACGCUGCUUCUGUUGGCGGCAGAACGAGUUUUCUCGGGUUCCUGCAAGAAGCUG